GCGGACGUCGCUCAAAACGCGACAACCAGUCAAGAAAACGCGCAGAGACGCGUAUCGUCGACCAUUUCGCGGACGUCACGCGUUUCGCCCAGUAAGCUGCGACUUUACCCUCGGAGAAAUAGAAGGAUUCGUUACCCUCGUCGGGAUGGAAGGAUGUACGGCAGAAGCAGGACUGUGUAACCUCGGCUGGGAAAAGAAAGAAGAAUAAGAAAAAAGAGACAGAUUAGGUUCGGUCGUAGAGUUUUUCAAACUUUGCUUCGACGAUAUUCUAGAUUCUUUUUUUUUUUAUCUUAAUACCUCGUUUAAAAUAAAUUCAGCAGUUUUAUUUACAGUGCAAUUGAUACAAAGUGUGUGGUUCAAAAUGGUCAACGCGACUGUUGAUAAAAUUGUUAUUUUAAACAAGAAAAUGUCGUCGAAAUAAAAAAAAAAAAACAGACCUAUACGUGAUUAACGUUGCGGCACACAUAUGUUUAUUGUGUAAUAAGUAAGCGAGAGUGAUAAAAACGAGCGAUAUACUGGUAAAAUUCCAAUUGCCGAAGAGCGGUUUAAGCUUGGAAGAAAGAGAGAGGCUGUGAUAUUUUUGGAAACAAAGGAAAGAAAAAAAAACGAGCAACGCAAGAUGAAUAACGCGAAAGACCAGAGCAACCUCGAUCCCGAAAAAACUUCGCUCGUGAAUUUGGAAUUAAAUGCACAGAUACAGCCGGCGGUGGCUGCGAAUUCGGAAAAGGCGACUCCAAGUUCGUACGUUGUAACCACACCAAAUGCAAAGCAGGGAAGAGGAAGUGCCUUUAAACAAGUUGUCGCGGCCCUCGUUGCCCAGUUGGGAACGAUCAACACUGGAAUGGUAUUCGGAUUUUCGGCCAUUGCUAUUCCGCAGAUGAAAUCAGCGGACAGCUUUAUCGAGGUUAACGAUACCGUAGAAUCAUGGAUAGCAAGUAUCAACGCGAUCGGCACUCCAAUCGGUUGCUUUCUGUCCGGUUACUUGUCAGACCUUCUGGGUAGAAAGAUGACGCUGAUCAUAACGCAGAUACCAACGCUUCUGGGAUGGGUCCUAAUAACCUUCGCAACGAACAUCGAUAUGAUAUAUGCGGGCAGGUUCUUCGUGGGUCUGGGCUCGGGGAUGGUCGGCGCGCCGGCGAGAGUCUACGCCGCGGAAGUAACGCAGCCUCACCUCCGAGGAAUGUUAGUGGCGAUCGCGAGCGUCGGAGUGAGCACCGGUGUUCUGGUCGAGUACAUUAUUGGCGGUUUUCUUCAUUGGCAAAUAUGCGCUGCCAUAAGCUCCGUGGUCCCGCUAACCUCCCUGAUCCUGAUCUUUCUCUUCCCCGAGACCCCGUCGUACCUGAUGUCGCGUCAGAAGCCGGAGCAGGCGAGACGUGCGUUAGGCAGACUCCGGGGGAAGAGCUGCAACCUGGAGCGGGAAAUGGACGUGCUGAUAAACUUCAGCAAGCAGAAUAAGGUCCAACACCUUUCCGGUCCGAGUGAAAUCUUAAGAGCCAUCCUGCAGCCCAAGGUCAUAAAGCCCUUCAUCGUUCUCGCCCUCUAUUUCCUGAUCUACCAAUGGUCGGGAACCAACGCCAUCACCUUCUACGCGGUUGAAAUAUUCCAAGCCUCAGGCGCGAAGAUGGACAAAAACUACCUCACCAUGAUCCUCGGGGCGGUCAGACUCGUCUCGACCGUCGCUGCCUGUAUUUUAUGCCGAAGAUGCGGCCGUCGUCCUCUGACCUUCGUGUCGUCGAUUGGAUGCGCACUGUCCAUGCUUGGCCUCGGGAUCUACAAGUUCGCCACUAUGGCGGAAGCGGCGGAGGCGGCAAAGGCGGCUAAGGCUGCCGGGACGACUGACGUGAUUUUGAACAGCGCUCACUCCUGGAUUCCGGUGUUCUGCAUAUUUAGCUACACCAUUUUCUGCACUCUCGGAUUUUUGGUCAUACCAUGGGUGAUGAUCGGUGAGGUUUACCCGGUUCAAGUCCGCGGAAUCGUCGGUGGCCUGACCACUAUGUCCGCUCACAUCUUCGUAUUCACGGUGGUCAAGUCCUUCCCGUUCCUGCGGGUCGCCCUUACGGAACCUGGUAUCUACCUGAUGUUCGGUAUGAUUCCGCUCCUCGGCACGGUUUAUCUUUACAUCUUCUUGCCGGAGACCAAGGGAAGAAGCCUUCAAGAGAUCGAGGACUAUUACUCCGGCAGAACGAAGACUCUGGGGCCGGCCCCCAGGUCUGUCGCACCCUCCGCACCGCAGGUCCUUGAGCCGCAGAAAGGCCAGCUCCUGCCUUGAGUCUUGGUGUUUUACGUAUUUAUGUGUAUGAUUAAUCGACGAGGGUUCAACGGCGGUCAGAUUGCUUCGACGUUUUGUUGUUGGAAAUAUUCGACAAUCCGUGACACCCAAAUAGGAAAAAGACAGUGAUUUAGUUUUAUUUAUAGUUAAAUUUUAUCCAAGCUCAAACCAUCGCUAGGUUUCAAGUACGGAUAAACCACAUGCACAUUGUGCACUGGCGCUAUAUUAGACCCUUCCAAAAGGGAUGAGUUCAAGAAAGAUUCGCCUAGAUAGGGCAGCUAGGAAAGUCUCGACUGUUUGUAUCUUGAUGAUAAUGAUCAUGGUGCUACGGAUGUAGAUUUAAGGAUUUAAUCGAAUUGACAUUGAAUAACUGUUGUUAUUGAUCGCAUUUAGAAACGUUACGUACCCAAGCAUAUGUGACAGUUAUACAAUUAUGCACACUGUUGGAGAAAUAUGGUAAAUUGACCUUGACUCAUUUCACGUCGAACGGUUAUGAAUAAAAUGUGUUUGCAAUUGACACAAUUGGCGAAACUUAUUACAGCUGCUAACGUCUUUGCUCACGCGAAUAUUGAACCCCUAGUGACAUCUAGUGACUACUCAUGAUAAAUGACUACCAAAAAUAACUCGAAUUUCUAUAUUGAACAAUGAACACAGAACAGAACCUCGACAUUUUGUUGAAAGGCGAAUGUUUACAUCCUUUUAAAAGAACUUUUUACGCAUCAUUUAUAUAUUUAAUUUCCAACGGUAGUGUAUAAGACGUAUAAGUAUAUUGCUUAAAUUUAGAACCUCAGGGAUUUAUUUGAGAAAAUUUGUAUGUGUGUAAAUAAUUAUAUUUUAAAGUACGGAGAAAUCGGGUGAGUAACGAUUCGGAGUCCGAUCUUACAUAUAAAUAUUAUUAUACGUACGUACAUGUAAUAUUAUAUUAUUGUACAAAUUGACCUGAUGACGUACACGUAGAAUGUUAACGCUGAGUUUUAGGUUUCCAUCGCGAGUCGACAGGUCUCAGAAAAUAUACUAUUGUAACAACAUUUGCAAAUAGUUCUACUAUGAAUAGUUAUAGUUACGUCAUGUACAUCUAAUUAUUUACUUUACUGCCAUCACAAGAAAAAUUCUCUGUACCUGAUCCGACGUGAUAUAAAAUUCAUGUUAACAAAUCGUAA